AUGACACACAGCCCCCUGUCGCCCCCACCCCCCCUGCCCUCACUGUGUCCGAGCAUGGACCAGGUGGGCGUCAACGCCUUCCUGCACCAUUUUGUCACCGGCGACCACAGCCCCUCGCGUGGAUACCUCAACUAUAUCCCGGCCACUCUGGGCGCCAAUGACGACCAGCCGACCCUGGUCGCCAGCCUGGCCGCCGUCGGCCUGGUGACGCUGGCGAACUCCCAUCAUCAGCCGGAACUGGUGCGCCAAGCCCGCAUCAAGUACGCGGAGGCCAUUCGGAGCGUCAACGCCGCCCUGGCCUCGCCCGUCGAGUCGGUCAAGGACAGCACGCUGAUGGCCGUCAUCUCCCUGGGUGUUUUCGAGCACUUCUCGGGCUUUGACGCGUGGAUGCGUCACGUGCAGGGGGCUGCCGCGCUGACCGUCCUCCGCGGCAAGGACCAAUUCGCUGGCGGCAACCCGACCGCCCUGCUCCUCUUCACGCAGGUCCGCACCGACAUUAUAGCCGCCUGCACCCGCACCAACCGACCGUUUCCGGCGGAUAUGCGUGCUCUCCAGGACGAGGCCGCCAAGCACGUGGGCGCCCCCAACGCUGUCUGGGAGAUAGGGGUGCUGGCCACCCGGUGUGUGGACCUGUUAUGGCAGGUGAUGGAGACCACAGGCACAACUCAGUUCCCCGGUCUCUUAAGCGCCGCGUUGGUACUGGAGCGGGACUUUGAAAUCGCGAUGGCGACCCUCGCCGUCCAAGAACCGUUUUAUGCCACCACCGCGGAGGAAGCGGGAUGGGUAGGCAGUGAUCCCGACACUAUUUACAACGGUCGCGUCGACAUCUACCUCAACCCGUGGGCGAUUCGAGCCUGGAACAACGCGCGCAGCAUCCAAAUGAUCGUCUGCGAGAUUAUAUGCUACCUUUUGAAGAAGAUGCUCACGCUGAGCCCCGCCGCUCCGGCUGCACAAGUCCGUUUGCGCCGUCGGCAACUGCACGAGACACUCGGAAUCCUCUCCCGCGUUGGCGAGGAUAUCCUGGCCACCGUACCGCAGGCGCUGGGGAUCGUGGCCCCGCCUGCGAACCCAUCUCAGCCCUAUGCAGGGGACCUGAGCCCGAGAGCCAGCGUGUCGGGUGCAUACAUUCUGAUUUGGUGUCUCUACAUGGUCGGGAAAUCGCCCGCCACCGCAGAUUCGGCCCGAAAGUGGAUCAUUCGACGCUUUCGGGAGAUCUUCCAGGGCGCGGGCAUGGAGAUUGCGCUGCCACUCCUUCAGGAAAUUGUGAGGAUAGAUCUGUCGAAGACAUGA